CUGUUGCGUUCGAGGUUCGAUGCUGGCACCACCAGGAAUCCCAGAAACACCAGCAAAACCAGCCUCUCCAGCAGCAACAGUUUCAGUUUGAGUUUCAGGAUCCCGUUUCCAGUUUUCGGCGCGGUGCGUGAAUACAUAAAAUAAAUUGGAAAAGCGAAAGAUUAAUAGAGGUCACUAAUAGCUGCUGAGUUUAGCAUACGCGAAGUAUCUCGAUCAUCAUAAAUCAAUCCGUAUCCGUCGCGCGUCGCAGAUCCAUCCACACCGAAAUUAGGGACAAUUACCACUGACAAGAAUGAUGAAAGCCACAGCGUGGUUUUGUCCGGUGUUAUUAACUUUACUGUGUGCCACGAGGCUCGUCUGCACGGCGCAGCGAGGAGGAGCAGGACCAGGCCCAGGACCAGGCGCAGGAGCGGAAGCCGGCGGAAGCGGCCGCACAAACGGAUAUCCUCUGGACUACACAGAUGCACGGAAUAUACAGGAUGACUUUCUGCUCGCCGCCAAGCGGAACAAGCCGUCGCUGUCCAUUGUCAAUCCCCUGGAUGUGCUGCGUCAGCGGCUGCUUCUGGAAAUCGCACGCAGGCAAAUGAAGGAGAACUCCCGCCAGGUCGAACUCAACCGCGCCAUCCUCAAGAACGUGGGCAAGCGAGUGCUCCUGCGCCCAGGUCCCAAGGUAAGCAGCCGCUAUCGCCAGCAGUGGCCAUCCGAGCGGGAACUGGAGCUGGAGCGCGACCUGGAGUGGGGGGAGCCGAAGGAGCUGCAUCAGCAGGAGCAGGAGCAGGAGCCGCCACAGCAGCACCAGUUGAGUCGACAACAGCUGCUCUUGCCCUGGCAGCAUUUCCCCAGCCAACUGUGGAAUUACGUAUGGCCGCAGUCUCCGUCACAGUUUGCCGACUCAACACGGACCCAGUCCCUACCAGGACAGAAGCAGUUGCUCAGCUAUGCGAAGAAAUCUCUGGACGUGGUCGGAAUGGGACUGGCAUCCAGGCAUCGGACCAACGGAAAUGAAGCUGCUAACGAAACGAGCCAAGAACACGAGAACGAAGCUAGUAAAACCUCGGCGAGAUAUGCGGGAGACGAGGAACAGGAUGACGACGAUAACGACAACGACACCGACUCCGAGGCGGGACUAGGGGGGUUCGGGUCCAACUGGGCCAACGAGGAGGCAGCUGGAAGUGGUCGUGGACGCGGCCGUGGAGCUGUCGGUGCGGUCAAUGCAAACGACCGCCUGCCCUGGACCUUUCCCUAUCGCUUUCACAGGGGCCAGCAUAAUGUUAACUAAUUGAGCGGGAUCGAGCUGCGAGUAAGGAUACACAGAUGCAGAUACAGAUACAUUAACAGAUACAGACACAGAUACUGAGGCCGACAGCUAGUGGUAUGUAUUAGACAGCUAAUUGCAAAUUGACGGUUCCUAAUGGCAGGCGGCAGGCAGUGUUGUGUGUGCACAUACUCCCUCGAUGACGAACUUACUCCCACGUUGCUACGUUGCUAGAUGUAUUCGCAUUUGAAUUCUAUAUUUUAUCGAAAAUAACCAACGGUGUAUGUAACGAUUUAUGCUACCUCUCUCACAGAUACUGUUGAAAACAAGCCCCCCGAUUCACAACACACCCUUCUAAAAAGCAUUGUUCCUGCUGGCACUUACUUACAGCGACCGAGGCGCGAAGGAUAUGCACCUAAGUGCAUGCGUAUUUGAUAGUGAUCUAUGUGUAAUUUGGGUAAUUAUUUAAACGACUGGCGUUCGUUAUGCAGUAUUGUCCUGUCGAAGGCGUUUUCAUAUUUGGUUUACUUUGUCCGCGGGCGGAAAUAGGUUCUUUUCUACCUCUCUUUCACUGCUUUUAAUUACGCAACACAAAUGCUCAAAUAGAAUUAGCAUAAUGCGGAGUUGGUAUGCACAGCUCCUCUGUUUUAUUUGCGGUGCCAGUUUAAUCCACAGUCGGUCACUAUUGAGUUUAUGUCGUCAAAGGAAAGCAAGGGGUUCAAGUCUUAGGAGAUACUUAGGAGACAAAUGGUUCUAAAUCAUAUACGAAUUACGAUUUUAUCCCUACUUACUACCCAGUACAAGCAAGCUAAUAAAUACUUCGAUACAUGAAUACGCCACGUGUUGUGUAAAUGGACAAGGAAUUUACCAAGCAAGUUAAUUAAACAUUUAAAAGUUACGUUCUGUACAUUGCUAAAUUUAAUACAAACAAUUAAUUUCUAUGUGUAUGUAAAUAA